AUGGGUGGCUUCAAUUCCUUGCAAUUCGAUGACCGGCAAGAUUCGACCCAGUCUUAUCCUGUGAGCUCCACGGCUGCUGCCCCGUCGUCGCUCCAGGGCAGCAGCCAUGGUAUCAACAUUGGGUUCAACCCGGGUCAACCACCUCAAGCAAAUGACAUGAGCCAGCAGAAUUACCCGUUGCUGGACCACGUCUCUGGUCGUCCAACCGGCUCUAUGGCUUUUGCUGGCAAUCCUGCUGCUGGCUACCAUUUUGGUCCAUCGCCAACAGGUAACGACCCUAACGACGGACCGGAUUCUGCAAUGAUGUUUGCGAAUAGUGCCACUUCGCAGCCUCAACACCCACAUCCGUCUGGACAUAUGUAUGACGGCGCUGCUGAGCGCUUUCAGCUUCAACAGGGCUAUGUUCCUCCUACAUUCACGCCUGCCCUAGACCCAAUGGCUGCCUUUGGGAACUAUGCAGCCCCUCAUAAUUAUCAGAAUCCACCUAUGGGCUUACCAUUAACAUAUGGCGGCCCUGCUCCGCCCUCGCAGCACCCGAUGAACAUGAUAUUCUCAACUGCCACUUAUGAGCCCACCUUACAACCUUCUAUGCAAGGCCCAGUGGCUGCCGGACCCAACCAGGAGAACUGGCUGACCAUGUCGUCAAACUUCAAUCUGCCCUUGGCUGGCCAAAACCUACAGAUAGAGACGGAUCAUCUCGCUGCUCCGAGCCAAAAUACCAACCCUGACGUCGACUCGGGCUCUUUUGUAACAUCCGACCCCCCUACUCGACCGAACAACACCCCUUCGGUGCAGACUCCAUUUAUUCCUCCUGAAAUUGCCGCAUCUGCUGUUCCGAAACCGGGUCGAGGCAAAGUCGCUUCUCAAUAUCUAAACGUCUACUCUAGCAGCGGCUUCGAUAUGUUUAGUAUUCUGGCGAAGAUAGCAUCCAGGCCGAACCCGGAGAUAGAUAUUGGCGCCGUUGACAUGUCCUGUGCAUUCAUCCUUUGUGACAUCACAUCUCACGACGAUCCGAUUGCGUACGUGUCAGAUGCAUUCGAAAGGCUGACUGGCUACACGAGACAUGAAAUAUUGGGCAGGAACUGUCGUUUCUUGCAAGCCCCUGAUGGCAAAGUGAACCCAGGUAUUAAACGAAAAUACGUAGACGAUGAGACUGUUUACCGUCUCAGAGAGAAGAUCCGCAGCCGUUCUGAGGUCCAGGUUAGCAUGAUAAACUACAGGAAAGGAGGACAAUCGUUUAUGAAUCUUUUGACCAUGAUUCCCAUUCGAUGGGGCUCGCCCGACUACCGAUUCUACGUCGGCUUCCAGGUCGACCUAGUCGAGCAGCCUCAGGCGGUCACCAAACGCAAUUCCGAUGGAUCUUAUACAAUUAAUUACCAACGGGAUCAACUUUCUCGAUAUGUCCUGCAUGCGCCUGAUUCACGAAAGCCCCAAAACAGUUUGUCCAAGAACAUCAGCCAUAAUGAAGUCACUUCCGCCCUGAGGUCUAUUGGUGCAGGCACCAAGGAUAUCUCAAGUCGGUACCUCGAUCGUGUGUUGCUUGAAAAUGCCGACGAUGUCAUUCACGUUUUGUCGUUGAAGGGCCUCUUUCUCUACUUGUCUCAGUCAAGCCGUCGGCUGCUGGAAUACGAACCAAAUGAGCUGGUAGGGAAGUCAAUAUCUUCUGUCUGCCACCCAAGUGAUAUUGCCCCCGUCACCCGUGAACUCAAGCAGGCGACGGUUGGAACGUCUGUGAGUGUGGUGUAUCGCAUUCGACGAAAGAAUAGUGGCUAUGUGUGGUUUGAAAGCCAUGGAUCACUGCAUGUUGAGCCUGGAAAGGGGCGCAAGUGCUUGAUACUUGUUGGCCGAGAGCGCCCCGUGUACACCCUUGAUUGGCCUAGUGUUCUCGAAGUCGGCGGCAUAGGGGAGGGUGACUUGUGGACCAAGAUGUCGAUCUCGGGCAUGUUCUUGUUCGUAUCAUCUAACGCUCGUGUUCUUCUUGACAGAACGCCGGACGAAAUGACCGGGAAAGGGAUCCAGGAGUUUAUGCGAAACGAGUCGCGGGGAGAGUUGGGGAAGGCGUUGGAGAUUGCGCGUACAGGUCACAAGGCAAUAUUCAAGCACGAGAUUAGGCAUAAACGUGGACAUGUGCUACAGGCGCAGACUACUCUGUUUCCAGGCGACGCAGCCCCUGGAACCAAACCUUCGUAUCUUGUGGCUCAAACGCGACUGGUCAAGUCUUCUCGCGCCAGCUAUCUCCCACAACGAAACCCGGUGUUGAUCGCAUCUUCUACUGCGGAUUCAAGCGCAAACAGCUACACCACGCCGCUAUCUCCCGGUCCAGGCAAUCAGACGAGUUUUGCAAAACAAACAAAAUCUACGACUCGUCCUGGGCCCGGACAGGUCGCACAGCGUGCGUCAACGGAGGCAGGCUCUCAUGGCUUGCCUUUGGGAAACCAAGACGAAGCGCUUGUGUCGGAUAACAACAUCUUUGAAGAAUUGAAGUCUGUCCGAAGCUCUAGUUGGCAGUUUGAAUUGCGACAAUUGGAGAGACAUAAUCGACUACUCGCCGAAGAACUUCAAGCGCUGAUCAGUCGCCGGAAAAAGCGCAAGAGGAAGAAGGGCACGGGGCCAAUGGAGAAGGCGUGCACUAAUUGCAGCACUCGAAAUACGCCAGAAUGGAGGCGUGGACCUAGCGGUAAUCGCGAUCUCUGCAAUAGCUGUGGGCUGAGGUGGGCCAAACAGAACGGUCGUAUAUCUCCACGGAAGCCGCCUGAUCAGAAUGACAGAAACUCGAGCUCAUCAUCGGCGAAGCCUUCGCCAGGGAGUGUAACGGAGGAUAGACCGGAAAUCGAACGCUCAGCCAGCAGUGGCGACACGAAAGCUUCUUCAGGCUAA